UUGGCCGAGUGGCAUCUGCGUGGCAAUCAGCAAAGAAAACAGUGACUGAUGCGUCGCCUGAUGACGCUUGCUGAUGAGUUGGCCAACGGUCAACGGAGAGUCUGUCACGAAACGCUCCACAACACGGCCAAGUUCAAUGGCCAAGGAUAUGCCACAGACAAUGGCAAUUGCGUGCCACAUGCAUCACCAGCAACAGCAACAGCAACAGCAACAGCAGCAGCAACAGCAGCAGCUGCAGUGAUUUUGAUUUAAGCCAGGCGAAGGCCUGGCCGGCUACCAGGUCUAGCGACGAGGCCUCCCAAACAGGAAGUGCGCGCAUCGCGGCUGUUCUUUAUCGGUUUAUUGGCGCUGCAGGAGCCAACAGCGGCGGCAGGUGUUGCUGUUAUCUGCGAUUAAAUGGCAUACGCCAAAUCAUGGCCAAAAGCGUUCGCCGAUGCACAUUAAACUGCCCUGCCGAGUGGGUGAAGCCCCCUUCUGAAACCCGAGCACCGCCAUUCCCAUUUCGCUUGCCGG